GCCCGCCGUCCGAGCAGAGCCCGGGCCGAUGCGGGGACUCGCAGUGCGGCUCCUGCCCGGCGUCGUGGUCCCGAAAGCACGCGAGGCGCGGGGAGUCGCCGCUGGAGAGGGGCUCGGCGCCCGGCGGGGACUGCAGUGGGACGCAACAGGGCAGGGUGACUCAUCCCUGCCUUGUGACACAACCCAGUUGUCCCUUGCAGCAGGGACUGGGCGGAGGGAACUUCAAAGCCAGUCGGUGUGGUUCAGCCCUUGCUCCAGGCUAGAGAUCGCCCAGUUCAGCAAGUAGUGCGCUUCUGCGAUGACUCAGGAUGCAGCCAGGGGCCACGACGUGCACGGAGGACCGCAUCCAGCAUGCCCUGGAGCGCUGCCUACACGGGCUCAGCCUCAGCCGCUGCUCCACCUCCUGGUCAGCUGGCCUGUGUCUCAACUGCUGGAGCCUACAGGAGCUGGUCAGCAGGGACCCGGGCCACUUCCUCAUCCUCCUGGAGCAGAUCCUGCAGAAAACCCGAGAGGUCCAAGAGAAGGGCACCUAUGACCUUCUCGCCCCCCUGGCCCUGCUCUUCUACUCCACUGUCCUCUGCACGCCACACUUCCCACCCGAUUCAGAUCUCCUUCUGAAAGCAGCCAGAACCUACCACCGGUUCCUGACCUGGCCUGUUCCCUACUGCAGCAUCUACCAGGAGCUGCUCACCUUCAUUGAUGCUGAACUCAAGGCCCCAGGAAUCACCUACCAGCGACUGGUGAGGGCCGAGCAGGGCCUGCCCAUUAGAAGUCACCGCAGCUCCACCGUCACCGUGCUGUUGCUGAACCCAGUGGAGGUGCAGGCUGAGUUCCUCGCUGUGGCCAACAAGCUGAGCACACCCGGGCACUCGCCCCACAGCGCCUACACCACCCUGCUCCUGCACGCCUUCCAGGCCACCUUCGGGGCCCACUGUGACCUCCCAGGGCUGCACGGCAGGCUGCAGUCCAAGAGCCUGGCCGAGCUCGAAGACAUCUUCACGGAGACUGCGGAAGCUCAGGAGCUGGCUUCUGGCAUCGGGGACGCAGCCGAGGCCCGGCAGUGGCUCAGGACCAGGCUGCAGGCGGUGGGAGAGAAAGCUGGCUUCCCCGGCGUGUUAGACACUGCCAAACCUGGCCAGCUCCGCACCAUCCCCAUCCCUGUCGCCAGGUGUCACACGUACAGCUGGAACCAGGACAGCUUCGACAUCCUGCAGGAAAUCCUGCUCAAGGAACAGGAGCUGCUGCAGCCAGGGAUCCUGGGGGACGAUGAAGAGGAGGAGGAGGAGGAGGAGGAGGAAGAAGACGACUUGGAAACCCACGGGCUUUGUGCCCAGAGGGACUCACUGCUCUCCACCAGCUCGGCGGUCUUCCACGACUCCGACCUGUCCCUCGCCUCGUCCCAGGCCUCGGGGCCCGCCCUCUCCUGCCAGCUGCUGACCUCCUUCGUCUCGGGCCUCUCGGACGGCGUGGACAGCGGCUACGUGGAGGACAGCGAGGAGGGCUCCACCGAGUGGCCCAAGAGGCCGGGCGGCCGGGAGCACCGGGGCCACCGCAGGCCCGGGCAGAAGUUCAACAGGAUCUAUAAACUCUUCAAGAGCACCAGCCAGCUGGUGCUGCGGAGGGACUCCCGGGGCCUGGAGGGGGGCUCGGGCUUGGGCCUGCCGCUGCGGCGGGCGGGGAGCCUCUGCAGCCCCCUGGACGGCCCGCCGCCGCUGCCGCCGCCGCCCCCCGCGCGGGCCCAGCGCUCGCGCUCCCUGCCCCAGCCCAAGCUCAGCGCCCAGCUGCCCAGCUGGCUCCUGGCCCCCGCCUCGAGGCACCAGCGCCGCCGGCCCUUCCUGAGCGGAGACGAGGACCCCAAGGCAUCCACACUACGCGUCGUGGUCUUCGGCUCCGAUCGGAUUUCGGGGAAGGUGGCUCGGGCCUACAGCAAUCUGCGGCAGCUGGAGAACAACCACCCGCUCCUCACACGGUUCUUCAAGCUUCAGUUCUUCUAUGUGCCCGUGAAGCGAGGCCAGGGGACCGGCUCCAGUGCCUGCCGCCCCCCUGCCAGCCAGACGCCCCCACCCCCCACAGACUCCCCGAGGCACCCCAGCCCUGCGGAGCUGGAGAGCACCAAUGACAUCUCCCACUACCUCGGCAUGCUCGACCCCUGGUAUGAGCGCAACGUGCUGGGCCUCAUGCACCUGCCCCCCGAAGUCCUGUGCCAGCAGUCUCUGAAGGCAGAAUCCCGGCCCCUGGACGGCUCCUCAGCCCAGCUGCCCAUCCUGGCGGACAUGCUCCUCUAUUACUGUCGCUUCGCGGCCCGGCCGGUGCUGCUGCAGGUCUAUCAGACAGAGCUGACUUUCAUCACCGGGGAGAAGAUGAAAGAGAUCUUCAUCCACUCCCUGGAGCUGGGUCACUCUGCCGCCACACGUGCCAUCAAGGCUUCGGGUCCUGGCAGCAAGCGUCUGGGCAUCGAUGGUGACCGCGAGGCUGUCCCUCUAACACUACAGAUUAUUUACAGCAAGGGGGCCAUCAGUGGACGAAGCCGCUGGAGUAACAUGGAGAAGGUGUGCACCUCUGUCAAUCUCAGCAAGGCCUGCCGGAAGCAGGAGGAGCUAGACUCCAGCAUGGAGGCCCUGACGCUAAACCUGACAGAGGUGGUGAAAAGGCAGAACCCCAAGUCCAAGAAGGGCUUCAACCAGAUUAGCACAUCACAGAUCAAGGUGGACAAGGUGCAGAUCAUCGGCUCCAACAGCUGCCCCUUUGCAGUGUGCCUGGACCAGGAUGAGAGGAAGAUCCUGCAGAGCGUGGUCCGGUGUGAGGUCUCACCUUGCUACAAGCCAGAGAAGAGCAGCCUCCACCCCCAACCCCAGAGGUCCCCGGACCCGCCAACCCAGGCCCCGCCGGACCUCUGCUCCCUCCUCUGCCUGCCCAUCAUGACGUUCAGUGGAGCUCUGCCCUAGUGGGACCCUCACCAGCCUGGACAGGAAGCCCUGGGCAGGCAGCCUCCUGGGAGGCCCUCCCCACACGGUGGCCUCGAGGGUCUCGCUCCCUCUGGGAAACUAGAUGGCCCUCUGUUGGAUCAGGCCCUGCUAUGGGCCUUGCAGUGGACAGUGGGCAGGGGAUUGGUGGUUUCUGGGCCCUCAGGGCUGUGUGUAGGAAAGACACAGGCAUUAGGGAGAGAGCGGCUGGCCACACUGCCCCUCAGAUUCCUCACGGUGGAGAGGAGAGAGAUGGAUGAGCUGACCUCCAGAGGCCCUGGCCGCUGGUGUGGUCUAGGAUCCUUUCUAGAAAAAUCUGAGGCUCUGGUGCUCUGGGGUGUGGUUUAGGCCUCCUCUCCCAAUGCUUGGCUGGAACCCCCACCUUAGUUUGUCUAAAUCUUGGGGGGGCCCUUUGUAUCUGGGGCUCAGUCCCCUCCACUCUGGGGCUCAGGUGGUAGAAACAAGACUAGGAAUUUCUUCCUAGACUUUUCAGUACCACCCCCUCU